AUUGUAGAUGUUUUGUUAUAAUUGUUUUGCGAUUAUAUUUACUUUUAGUGUUGUAUUCUUUGAUGUUGUUUAGUUUCUGUUGACAUUUAAUUAUCCAGAGUUAUCGUUGUUAGUUAAAUCAAGUAAAUUCAAUUAUUUUUACUUAAUUGUAGUAGAAUAAACAUAAAAAUAAACUUGAUUUAUUUGCUUUAAAUAUAUUUAUUUAUUAUAGUUAUGUCCGGUCGUACCCCACAAAGAAAUGGUUCUACUACACCAAGAGGAAGUCAAACUCCUACCCGAAAUGGUUCCAUUACACCAAGCAGAGGUCCAACUCCUUCUCAAACUAGAACCAUGACACCAAGAAGAGAUCAAACCCCUUCUCAAGUUAAUGUAACUACACCUAGAAGGACUCCUUCAAGAAGUAACAUGACGCCUAGAAAUAAUGGUCGGACACCUAAUAGUCAGACACCAGUUUCAAAUUCUAGUCGCCGGACAGGAGGAAUAACCUCUGAAACAUCUUCACCUGCUCGCCGUUUUAUGACAAGUCCAUUACAAGGUUUGCGUUCUAGUGAAGUUGACCUUAGUUCUCCAAUUAAUUAUGGCUCUCCUCUAAGCUCUGUAGAUUCUCGUGCUACAGGUUUUACUAUGCGCAGUGGUAGUUCAGUUCAAAGAACUAAUUUAUCAGUUAAUCGUCGACAAAGACAAGUUGAUACUACAAAUUAUGAAAAUGGUGUACCACUUCCUGAUUCUGAGAAUCAGGAUGUUGCUCCUAAUUUAGUUAUUUGGGGAACAGAUGUUGUAGUUGAUAAAUGUCGAACUAGAUUCCAAAAUUUUAUAGAAACAUUUUGUGUUAAUGAAUCUGAAUCACCUCAUUAUAUGACCAAAUUAAGCAAUGUUUUGGAAAUGGAAAUCCCGUAUGUUGAUGUUGACUGUGCCCAAUUAUUUAAAUUUGAUCAUGAACUUUAUGAACAGCUAAUUUGUUACCCUCAAGAAGUUAUACCAGUGUUUGAUACAGUUGUCAAUGAAGUAUUUUUCACUAAAUACCCAGCAGCUGAUUUGACACAUGUUACUAAAGCUCUUCAAGUGCGACCUUUUAAUGUACAAAAAACUACAAAUAUGCGUUUUCUUAAUCCUGAAGACAUGGAUCAGCUAAUUACCAUUUCAGGAAUGGUAAUCCGAUGUAGUGACAUUAUACCUGAAAUGCGUGAUGCAUUUUUCCGUUGUAUUGUAUGUUCUUAUACAACUAUUGUAGAAAUUGAUCGUGGUAAUAUUGCUGAGCCUACAUUAUGCCCUCAUUGUAAUACUAAUCAUUGUUUUGAGUUAAUACACAAUAAAUCUCAUUUUACUGAUAAACAAUUGACUAAACUUCAAGAAUCUCCUGAUGAAAUGCCAGCUGGUCAAACUCCACAUACUGUAAAUUUAUAUUCUUACAAUGAACUAAUUGAAACUGUGCAAGCCGGUGAUCGAGUAUCUGUUACUGGUAUUUACCGAGCAGUGCCUAUGCAAGUAAAUCCAAGAAUGAGAAAUUUUCGCAGUGUCUACAAGACCCAUAUUGAUGUUUUACACUUUAGGAAAUGUAAUGAUAGCCAUGUAUCAUUCGCUGUAAAAACAAAAAAUGAAUUACCUGAAGAACGUAUUGAAAUUUUACGUCAAUUAUCUAAAACAGAAGAUAUCUAUGAUAGAUUGGCAAAUACAUUAGCACCUUCUAUCUAUGAAAAUUGUGAUAUAAAGAAAGGUAUAUUAAUGCAGCUUUUUGGUGGUACCCGGAAAACUUCUAAAUCGAAAAAUCAUUUGCGGUCUGACAUUAAUAUUUUAUUAUGUGGUGAUCCAGGUACUAGUAAAUCACAAUUUUUAUCAUACGUUUAUGACAUAGUACCUAAAAGUCAAUACACCAGUGGUAAAGGUUCGUCGGCUGUUGGUAUGACAGCUUAUGUAACCAAAGAUCCAGAAACUAGACAAUUGGUUUUACAGGCUGGAGCUUUAGUUCUAGCUGACAAUGGAGUUUGUUGUAUUGAUGAAUUUGAUAAAAUGAGCGAGUCGGCCAGAAGUGUUUUGCAUGAAGUUAUGGAACAACAAACUUUAAGUAUUGCCAAAGCCGGUAUUAUUUGUCAAUUAAAUGCUAGAACAUCAAUUUUAGCAGCUGCUAACCCUUGUGAAUCACAAUGGAAUAAAAACAAGACUAUUAUAGAAAAUAUACAACUUCCACAUACAUUAUUAUCUAGAUUCGACUUAAUAUUUUUGAUGUUGGAUCCUCAAAAUGAACAGUAUGAUAAAAAAUUAGCCAACCACUUGGUAUCAUUGUAUUACAAAAGUGAAAAUUAUGAACGUGAUGAACAAAUGGAUACUACUCUUUUACAAGAUUAUAUAGCUUAUGGCCAAGAAACAUUUCUUCCUAUUUUAAAUGAAGAAAGUAGACAAAAACUUAUUCAAUAUUAUGUUAACAUGAGAACUGUAGGGAGUGGCAGAGGACAAGUGUCUGCCUAUCCAAGGCAAUUGGAAUCUUUGAUCAGGUUAUCUGAAGCCCAUGCCAAAAUGAGAUACUCAAAUGUUGUAGAAAUGAAAGAUGUAGAUGAAGCUUGGAGAUUAUACAGAGAAGCAUUAAAACAGAGUGCUACUGACCCAUUAUCUGGAAAAAUUGAUGUUGGAAUAUUGACUACAGGAUUAAGUUCAGCUGCAAGACAAAGAAGACAUGAUCUUGCAGAACAUUUAAUAAAGGUGGUAUCAAGCCAACCAAAGUCUACUAUAUUAAAUUAUCAAAAAUUAUUAAGCGAAACAAAAUUAGCUUUUCAGUUUCAGAUUACUAGAGAUAUGUUUGAUGAUGCUCUAAAAGAAGUUCAAGAUCAGGGAAAAAUUAUGGUUACAGGACGAACUACAAUUCGCUGUAUUUAGGGUUAUUGAAUACCGUGUUUUUACUAAUUUAAGAUUAUUUUUUAUAUUAAGUUUAGUAACAUUAUGUCUUAAAAUAAUUUUUCUAAAUCAUGUAUUUCAAAAUUUAUAAUAAAUAAACAAAUUAAUUCAAAUCAUUUUAACGGAUAAUUGUUUUAUUGACAAAUCUCCUAGUCCACAGAUUGUAUUAAUAAUCAACCCAACUUAAUUGGUUGUAAACAUCAAAAUAGGUUUUAAAAAAAUAAUAUUAUAGUUCAUAUAUAUACAUAUAUGUAUAUACAUUUUUUAAUAUUGAAUAAGUUACAUUUGGUUGUCUGUCAUCUUUCUUUCUGGUUAAAAGAAGCUAACAAAUUGUGUUGUGGUUUCCUUUAGUUCAACAAAUUGGUUUGCAUUAUAAAAAAAAAUGAAUACAUUUACAAAUUGUUUGCUUUGUUUUAAAAUGAUUAAUAUUAAUUAAAAUUAAAACUAAUAUUGAGUCAAAACAUUAAAUUUUGUUCAGAAAUAUUAACAAAACAAAAUUUUAAACAAAAACCAUAUUAAGUUCUGUUAAUACAUGUUCAAAUAUAUUAUAAAAUGUUACACUUGAGCAGCUCUUUUAGCUUUAACUAGAUCAACAAUUUCUUUAUAUCUUUUCAUACACUCCUUUUUCGUUCUAGUCGGAACACAUUCUGCUAUUUUAUCCCAACGAUCUUUAACAGCAGCUGGAUAUGUCUUAAGAGCUUGUUCUAAAAGUUUUUGCUCAUCUGCAGACCAUCCAACUGGACGUUCAGAAACAACUUCAGGUACUUGUGCUUCACAUUUUUUUUCCUUUUCAAAUUGAUCAUAUGCAUUUGCAUUCAUUUCAGAUUUUAAGGCAUUGUCAGUAAAGUUAGUACUUUGAAGAGAUUUAGCUUUUGCUAAUACUUGUUUGGCAUUUCGUUCACUGUUUUUACUGUGUUGGUUGAUAAAAUUUGCAACAGCUUCCCAACGUUGAUUUGUACCUGCUGGAAACAAAUUUACAGCUUUAAUCAAUAACUGGACAUCAUCGGUUUCCCAAUCAUUAUUAUUUUUUUCAGCAAUUUUAGUAUCAUUUUUUAUGACAUUAUUAUGCAUCUCAACUCUGCAUUCCAUUUGCUUAAGUUUAUCUAUCAAUGCUUUACGGCCUUCAGUUUGAAGGGCACUGACUAAUUCUUUAAGUUGUAUAGCAGAAAGUUGAUCACAAAUUUUUUCAACACCACACAUUAUUUCAAUAACAUUAUCUCCGUUUUCUAUGUAGUAAUUGUUUAUUUUUAAUAUUUCUCUAAUUUGUUUACGCUCUCUUUUUAAUGCUUUCUUUUGACCAUCUUUUGCAUUUCUUUGUGCAUUUCGCUGGGCUUUCUCUGCAGCUUCAAGUUCAUCUUUUUCUUUUUGUAUUCUUGCUUCUUCUUCUUCUCUCAGUCUAAUUUCUUCUUCCUGUUUUUGUCUUAUUGCAUCUUUUUUUGCCUGUUUAAGAGCAGCUUUUCGUUCUUGAUCCUCUUUUUUAAAUUUCAAAAGUCUUGGAUCAUUAGCAUAGGCUAAGUCAACUAACUGUCGAAUACGAGUACUUUCUUCUUUUUUUAGCUUAGCACGAUUUGCACGAUUUUGUUUUUCGAUCCAUCUACGCUCAUCACGGUCAGAAGCUUGUUCACGGUCUUCUUCAUCGAGAUAAGAAAAUUCUCUCCAAGAAUUGAAGCCAUACCAAAAAUUAUAAAAGCGAUCAACAUGAUCACGGCUACUGUUUAAAUCACCUAAAAGUGGUACUGAUCUUUGUUCUGACCAUUUAGAAUUACGAACAAAUAUUGGGCCAAAUAAUUCAAAGAAAUUAGAUUUUUUGGCUGUUUCCUUAGAAGGAAUGCUGUUAUCAAAUUUAGGAUCAAUUGAAUCAUAUGCACGUCUUUUUGCCUUAUUUCCAAGAGUUUCCCAAGCUUUGGUUAUGCAUGUAAAAUAAUCAUCAUCGCCUUGAACUUUCUCACCAAGUUUUUUUCUUUUAUCGGGAUGAUGAUUUAGAACUCUACGUCUAUAAGCAAUUUUGAUUUGUGCUUCAGUUGCAUUAUACCGCAGUUUUGAUAAACCUAACACCCUGUAAUUAAAUAAAAUAUGGUCAAUAUAUAGGUAAUAGUUUUAAAUAUGAUUGAAAUUACUUAAGAGGAUGCUAUACCCGGAUAUGUUGUCUCAGUCCAACUAAUGGGUGAUAUAGCAAAAUCUACCUUA